AAUGCUUUAUCACAGAAUAAUGCAUUCAACCAAGUGUAGAAAACCUCACCACAUGCAGAAGUGCUUGCGUCGUACAAUACGGGCAGUGUUUUGUUCUCAUUCAAGCGGCCAUAUUCGGUGGCGAGAAGAUUCUCAAUUUGCACAGCAAAGACAGCGGAAUGACUGAAAGUAAGUUACUUAAUUCUAGUUUAAAAGUCACUUGUUUCAAAUUUCGUUUGCUAAUCAUACUAAGGACCGUGAUUGUUGACGCCAAUCUACAGCAUUUCGGUCCUGUUUAUUGAAGGCCUGCUACGGUGGCUAAUUUGUUCAAAAUGCACUCUUCUUUACGACGAAAAAUUUAUAUUCCGAGUCACCAACUUGUCUACCGUAAAACUGUUUCACUGGUGCUAGUUCAGUGAUGCAGUUUCCCACAAUAGUAUCGUUUUUUAUUUCGAGUUGCAUAACAUAGAAAACAAUACGCAUUUAUUUCUUUAACUUGCUUGAGCAGAGAAAACUCAGACCUACAAUGGACGGAAUAAAAUGGAACAGCAAACCCCCAUUCCCCCAAAUCAAGAAUGAACCUGCGCGAAGGGCAACAACACGCCAUUUUUUAUGUAUACACGCUCGUAUUUUGAACGAGUUUUUCAGCUCUUUGACGUAACGUGUUAAAAUAAACGAUUGAUUGAUUUUCCCAUCUUUGAUUUGGGGGAUGGGGGGAGGGGGGAGGAGAAGAGAGUUACCAAUUUCCCAUCUAUUUUGUCCAAAAUUUUAUUGUUUGUUGUUUUAAAAAGGCCAACAAUCCUAUGCUUUUUUAGUUUAUUAGUUUGACUGACUAAAUCUAUACCCAAUAUCGUGAACCUUUUUAUUUUAACUCGAUUUAGUGAAGGUGGCUUCACAAAUGUGCAGUAAUUAUUCUAUUCACGUUCACUGCCUAAGCCACAUAUCUCAUUUGAAACGCUUGCAAAGAACUUUUGUGUAAGACUGAUCAAGCUGAUCAAGAGCUAUAUUAAGUGGGCAGUUAUUAUUCUAUUCACGUUCACUGCCUAAACCCCCGGGUUGGGUACUGCCAUAUAUGGGCUAUAUAGCCUAUUAUUAGGUAUGUGCCGCUGUGAAGGGUAUGGUUUUCAAGCAGUUUACUCUAGAAUGGGGUAUCAUUUUUCAGGAAACUGAUCAGUUGGUUGAAGAUUUCAUAUAGACUAGGGACUGUGGCGUAAGGUUUUGUUUUGGCUAGACUGUGCUAGUGACCUCAGUAGUUUCUAGAAAACAGCUUCUCUAGGAUAGGGGGGAUUUGGGGAGUUUACUCUAGUAUAGGGUAGCAAAAUUCAGCUGAACUAGCUCUGGUAUAGGUUAUGGGUUCUAUGGUCCCAGCGGCACAUCCACACCCAGAAAUUCCCAAAGUACCCUCCCCCCCAGGCCUAAACCACAUAAUCCAUUUGAAACCCUUGCAAAGAACUUUUGUGGAAGACUGAUCAAGCUGAUCAAGAGCUGUAUUAAGUAAACCUGGGAAUGUUAAUUAUUGAAAACGUUAGGGAGAGGGAGUAUAAGAACUACAGUCGACUCCCGAUAACUCGACCUUUUUAGGGAAAUCGAAAAAAGUUCGAGUUGUCGGGAGUUUGAAGGAAAUAACCUAAAAAAGGAUGAGGAGGGAAUGCAAUUAAGCAACGAAGUAUACAGAGAUGGACAUUGAAUUUGAACUAGAGUGACAAAACAGUCAACACAAAGAAUUGACACGGUUUUUUUUUUAACUAAAUUCAAUCAGUCUCGGACUACACAGUGAUAUUUUUAUGACUUGUUACGCUUGUGAAAACGACUUGCAUUUUUAACUAGCUAAAAACAAGACGAGGUGUUUUCACUUUAUUUCUGGACUUUUCCUGCUCUAUCUAGUUAAAAUUGUCCUAGUGGUAACUCAACCAUAGAAAUGAUCUGCAGGGAAACAAAAAUUACUUCGAGUUAGUGAGAGGUUCGAGUUACCGAGGGUAAAAUUACAGUCAUUGUAUAAAGGAAGUCCAGGGGAAAUCGACUUUGGUUCGAGUUAGCGAGGGUUCGAGCGGGAGUCGACUGUACACAACGGAAAGUUAAAUUACGUAACCACGACCGUGACGGCAAGGAAAAAUGCCAACAAAGGGAUACCGUAAAAUUCCGACAAUAAGCCCCAGGGCUUAUAUUUGUCAAAGACCCUUUUUGAGGAGCUUAUAUACGGAGGGAAAUUUGCGUCUCAAAAUCGAUUGGGCUAGCUUAUAGUAGGAGGGAAAUUUGUGUCACUAACUUGUAGAAAGUUAUUACUGAAACUCACCUUGCGGACUCAUCCAUGCAAGUACUUUGCAUACAUGCCAACCCUCCAGGAUACGACACCAAUCUCCCGGUCUCCCGUACGGUCGCUUUAUCUCCCGGACAAAAUCAUCUUUUGAACUUUUCUGUGCCUUAGUUUGAAAUUUAGCUCAUUUUUAGCUCAAAACUUGAAUUUUCUUAUUCGUAACUGUACAGUACGGUUUCUGAGGCAUUUUACACCUAUUUAGUCACUGACAAAGAUUAUUUCUGGCAUCAAAACGAUGAUCGCGAAGUUGGACAGUAUCUACUUCAUGUAAAACUUGAUAUAAUGUCCUAAAUUUCCGGGGUAGGGGGCUAGUGAAAAACAGAGAGUCUCCAGAUUUUAAAUCUCUAGAGGUUGGCAUCUCUGACUUUGUCUAUAUGGACCGAGGAAAUCCAAGCCAAGAGUAAAGAGUGAACUACGCAAACAGCAAUUUACUGUAACACUUUUUGACUCCAAUCCUUUAGUUUGGCCCAAGUAAUAGUUCUUUGGCAGUUGCAAAAAUUCAUGUGUUACUGUACAGUUUUUGCUUUGUUUUGUUUUGAAUUUGAGGGCAGUUUCCAAGUACAAGCCCCCGGGGGCUUAUAUUUGGGGGGGGGGGGCGAUUUAAGGGGGGUUUCUUGCGUUACGAGUAUUGGGGACUUUUAUUUGGAGGGGCUUAUACGUGGUGGGGCUUACUUUCGGAAUUUUGCGGUAUGCUUAAUAAGCAACAACAAUCCUCACGAACUCUGCACGUGCAACAAAAUCUUUGGUUCACGCACGGCUACAACGUGAAAUUUCUUAAUUGGACGUUUUCUAAAGGACUUAAAACUUGAACAUCACAAAAGACCAUUUUCUGUUUCUUUUUCUCACUCUUAUACAGCUACAGUGAAACCUCUAUUAAGCGGACACCUUCGGAACCUUCCCAAGUGUCCGCUUAAUAGAGGGUGUACGCUUUAUAAGGGUUGUAAAAAUUGCGCAAUGUUUGUUAACGAUCAACAUUCAACUGUUAACUCUGUACUGUGAUAAAGUUGCAUGUUGUUAAAGAAGCUAUCCAGAGUUCAUGUUCAUUACCUUUCAUUACCAACUUUAAUUUGUUUGUAAAUGCAAAACCAUUAAAUAACUGACUUGAGUAUGUAUUUCAGGGACGUAAUCCAAUACAACCAUUGUCGAUUCAGUCCGGUGUCCGCUUAAUAGAGGUUUUUAACAAUAGAAAUCACAGGUGGCCCAAGCUCGAAAUAUGAGCAUCGGCGAGCAUCGGCGUUGUUGCGUAACAUUCAAAAUAUAAGGAUUUGUAUGGGAAAAAACCUAUCGUUUCUGUAACCUACGAAAAUGAAAGAAUUUCAAUAAAAAAAACAGCGUACCUUACUUAAAAUGUGGUCCACGGGCCGAUUUAUGGCCCUUUUAUUGGUUUUUAUGUAAACGGUUUUGUCAUAUUUCGAGCUUGGGCUACCUGUGUAGAAAUUAGCGAAAUCCACUCAUUUUAUUGUCCGCGUCCUCUGAAUAGGGUUCGUUAUCAAUAGGAAUAGAAAAUAGGAAUUGAACUUGCAUGCAGAAACCAAUGUAUACAGGCCAUGACGAAAACAGAACGGCAAAUCAAAUCUAUUUAUUGGACAGUAACUGAAAAUCAAAAACGAAAUGUUCAGAAGGUCGAGUUAUUUGUCUUACUCUCUUGGCUAUUUUAUAGAGUCUGUGUCUUUGUUGAUAAACAGCCACCGCAGAGUGCCUACCGAGUAAAAUAUUUCCGCGUCUGAGGUGGUUGUUUCGAUUUAUCCAGAUUUAUAGAAACUAAAUGAGUAAAAAAACUAAAGUUACAAAAUAUCUCUCGAAAGGGGAUAUCUAGAGGUGGUGACCCUGUAUAAAAGAUUCCCCAAAAUAAAAGAUGAAAAGGUAAAAUCUAGAAUCUAAAACAUUAUAUACAGAGAGAAAAAUCUAAAACCUAAAAACUAGAAUAACAAACAUAAUUGAAACUAUUUACAAUCGUAUUAAUCAAUAUUCAUAUAAAUCCUUAAUCUGUUGCGAACUAAGUCAGCGAUCCUGCGUGUAUUAACGAUCCGUUCAAAGAAAGAAUAUUUGUUGCAGUUUAGGAUGGCAACUUUUACAUAGAACUUAUAAUCGUGAUUGGCUCUAGCUCGAUUACACCAUAGUUAUUAGAGGAGACUGGUUAUGAAAAGCGGCAAACAUCAAUGAUAAAAACAACAGUGCUGCAGUUUAUGUUAGAAGCACCCUGAAAGUGCACAAUCCUUUGUUUUCUGUUGGCAAAUUGUUACGGAAUAAAUUAAUGCAACGUUUUUAUUGGUAAAUACAAUCAAAAUGAUAGGAAUUCUUUUGAACGUUGUGCACUUUCAGGUCCACAAAAACAUAUAACAAAGGAGUCUGACGGGUUUCAUAACUAUUCCACUCAAUUAACUAUGAUUACACUUAGUAAGUUCAAAAAAGUGUGAAAACGGAAGGCUGAUGACUGAAAAUUUUGUGGCCUAUCGAUUAUUCAUCGAUUGCUCAUUGAAUGUCGGAUAUUAUUACAUCCACCUUGAAAUCACUGGCUAUCCGUGGAAUUUGAUUGGCUCUCAGCAGUGUGAUUUAUUCCUAAAUAGCACCAUUUUUUGCUCUAAAUCGCAUCUGUUCCAAAUCGCGUCAGUCAUGUUCUAAAUCGCAUCAUUUCUGUUUUAAAUCGCACCAUUUUUGUUCUAUAUUGCAUCAUUUCUGUUUCGAAUACAAAAUGAGAUGUAAAAGCCUUUUUGUUUCGGCUUUUUAACAAACCAGCUACUCGAUCAAUAAAAUGUUAGUACUGACUAAAUUCUGCGAUUUCAAAAUGGAUGUAAUAAAGUGGUAAUUGAACUUCAUGUCGUGCAAUUUUGGUCUGAAAUCAUGCUUGUGAUUUCAAAUCGAACUCGCGCUGCGCGCUCGUUCGAUUUUGAAAUCACGCGUAUGAUUUUAGACCAAAUUGCACUCCACUCAGUUCAAUUACCAUUAUUAAUCAAUGACUAAUCAACUGAUUACUCAUCGAUUACCAAUUGAUUACUCAUUGAUUUCAUUGAUGUCAUUCAUUAGAUACGUCUGGUGAGUGCAAUCACGCAGAGGAAAGUCAUACUUCGCUCGCAUGCUAGACCAUCCUAACCUUGCUAAGAAAUAAGAACAAUCACUCUUUGCUUCCCUUGUCUGUCGUUAAAUAUUAACCCAUUCUGUUCGUAGGUACCUGCAAAUGUGGGCCAGGAUAUGCCACUCCUUUAGAGGCUAUGAAAGGUCCAAGGGAAAAGUUGUUGUAUUUACCCUGUAUCCGCACUAAUACGGGGAUUGAAAAACCCGACUACCUUGUUACUGUUGAUGCAGACCCCGAUUCUCCGACUUAUUCUCAGGUAAACAGGGAAACGUCUAAACAUUUGCUAUAGGGGCCUGGCUAAUAAAAAGCCCUGCGAACCCAUGAACAGUACUUGUUUGCACUGAUGAUGAGAUUGAGAAAGUACUAAAAGCUAGGCUAUUCAGUGACGGAUCCGGACCUUCAGGUAAGGGGGGAGGGAAGCCCUGUCAUCCAGACCCUGAGAUAAAGGGCUGGGGAGGGCGGUCUUUUUUACGGCCCUUUGGGCCUUAGUUUGGUGUAAAAAAAAGGGGGCACGGGCUCCCCUGGCCCCUCCCCUUGAUCCGCCACUGUAAUACUUACAUGGGAAAACCGGAAAUUCUUGUUGGAAAAUCAAAUGGUUUACGCCAUUCCGUUUGGAAAGCUUUGGCAGAAAACUUGGUCUUGUGAUUUGAGGCGAUGCACUUUUCCCACUUUUUUUAGUCUGUUCAGUUGAUUUGGAUAUACUGUUUGAAGCGGGUCACUCUCCCACAACGUCAAAUUUUAGAGUUUUAUGUUUAUGCACAAGAUUUCCACCUCGUAUAAAUUAUAAGCACCCCUAGUAAAACUCUGUAAAAAAGUAAAACUAAAAUUCCGAGUAUAGUUCUCAGUAACUAGCUGACGUAUUGAAAUGACAAAGCUAUAAAACUGACUGAGUACAGAACAUGGUAAUAAGUUUGCAUUCCUUGUCAUAUGAAAUGCCGCGAACAGAGCAUUUCAUUACUGAGGGCGGAUUGAGCAGUUCAAGCAUCAUUUUUACGGAUACCUUCAUUUAAAACCGAGGGAAAACUAGUUUUAUUUUAUUUUAUUGCUGUUGGAAAUAUUAACAUUAGUAAUCGUGCGGUCAAAUUAGCUCUUACCCUCCGGGGCAUACUGAGACGUCCUUAGGGUUUUGUAACUUGUAGCAGGCGGCAUUUUUGGUACGUGUUUCGUUUGGUUUUCUUGAAGUAAGGGAAAAAAGCCGCGCGAAAGCUGGACCGAGGUCAAACGAGAAAACAAUGGGGGCGGAGGUAAGGGAAAGAUGAUAUUUUCGACAAAGUUUGUGGGCAUCAAUAGAGGAGUUCUACAAAGCACUGUUUUAGGUUCUGUCUUGUUUUCUGUCAUGGUAAAUGACAUCAUGGCUGUACACCCAAACAAGAACCUUCCUUCUCGUGAACUGUGCUGACGACAUCACGUUUCACGGUGUCCCUAUAAGAUCUAAUUCCCUGGACUUAUCUUUAGGCGAGGUGCAGAAUAUCCAAAUCUGGUCUAUUGAGAAUCGAAAGACCUUGAACCUCAAAAAGACGUGGGAAAUGGUGGUUAGAGGAACUACUAAGAAACCAAUCCCGGAACCCAUUUGUUGAGAGGAAGGGGGUCCUCAAGUUAUCAGGAAUGACAUUUAACGAGUUACCAUACAACCGGGACACCCAUUUCGAUCAUAUGAUUUCUAAGGCUAGCUCUAGAUUACGUAUUUUAAGAGUUUGCAAACUUUAUGGAUAUCCUUUACAGGAGCUAACACUGCUAUUUGAUAGCCUUAUUAUGUCCUUGUUCAGUUAUCCUAUUGAAUUCUGGGCUUGUGCCUAUGAUAGUAAAUACCUUUCUCAAAAAGAUAGGUUUAGUAAGCGUGCAGUCAAAUAUGGCCAUACUGCUAAGUUCUUCUCGAUAACUGAUUUAAUAUCACAAAGAGAUUUGGAAUUAUGAAAGAAGGUGACCACUGACAAUCACAGUUUAAAUAAUCUUCUCCCCCUGAAGCGAACGCGGAAUCUACGAGACAGGAGUCAAGAUUACGUUUUGCCGCUUGUUAGCAUUUAAAGUUUCAAGCGAUGUUUUAUCAAUAGAUGUCUUUUUAAUUUUCUUUAGAUUUUCAAUUUACAUGUCAUAUUCUAGUACAUGUUAUUAUGCGAUUAUUGUUAACUCACAC